UUUCCUUUUCUCCUAUAUUAUUGUUAAAAUUUUUAUUUUUUUUAGUAUCGACAAACAUUUCUUUUCUUCAUUUCACAGUAUGGAAGAUAAUCAAGGCCAAGACCAAGACCAUAACAGUCCAAGCAACCAUGGAACUGAAAGAAGUGAGCCAGUGAGGUCAAGGUGGACUCCAAAGCCAGAGCAAAUAUUGAUACUUGAGUCCAUCUUUAACAGUGGAAUGGUAAAUCCACCAAAAAACGAGACUGUGAGAAUAAGGAAGCUUCUUGAAAAAUUUGGCUCUGUUGGUGAUGCAAAUGUUUUCUACUGGUUCCAAAACCGACGAUCAAGAUCUCGCCGCCGGCAACGCCAGAUGCAAGCUAGUCUUCUUGCAGGAUAUCAAAGAAAUAAUCAACGGGCAUACGAUAGCGGUGGUGCAAUUCAAUACGAAGGUGGUGGCACUUCUAAUGGGUUCGCAAAUUCUCCAUCUUCUUAUCUUGUUGGUUCCUCUUCUUCUUCUUGUGGAGUUGUUGGUGAAGAUCAUGGUGUAGAGAGCUUGUUUUCUUUCUCUAACCAGAUGGGUUUUCAAGAAUUCGAGCAAACCUCUGGUGUAACUUCAAUUCUACGCCCAUCAGAGACUUCUAGUUUGCAUUACCAAACUGCUGGAUUCAUCACAAUCUUCAUCAAUGGGGUUCCAACAGAAGUUCCUCGGGUGCCACUUGACGUGAAAGCAAUGUUUGGUCAAGAUGUAAUGUUGGUGAAUUCCUCUGGAGUGCCUGUUCCCACUAAUGAAUUUGGGUUCUUAGUGCAAGUCUUGCAUCAUGGUGAAAGCUAUUUCCUGGUUUCAAGAUCAACCUAAAUCGUUAUUAAAGCUGCAUCAAGAAGUGGGAGCUUCCUCUACAUGUUGGUGUGCAAAGCAGAUGUUCUAGGACCAAUAUUUUACUAUGAUGGACGAUUGAAAAACCCAAAAAAAUAUCUAUUAAUUAGCAUUUAAUUAAUUAUGAUGUCUUCAUUUGGCUUUUUUUCACUUAUAUUUUGGUUUUAAACUUUUCUCCCCUUGUUUCACAGGAAUCAUCCCAAACCCACUAUAUGUAAUGCAUAUAUGAGUGCGAGUGUAGAUCGAUUUUUUAUUUUUUUUCAAUUCUCUAAUGACUAUGCUCUCUUCUCUAAAUCCAGUUUAGUGGUUAAUUAUUGUCCUGUCGCAACUUAAGAAACUUCAUGAAGCUACGAGACUCGCUGCUAACAAGCCUAAA